UAUUUCUAAGGGAUACUUCUUCAAUGGUAUAAAUAUAACUUACAAAUCUUAACCAUUCUAUGCCUCAUCAUUGAAGACAGUGUUUUUCGUGACUCAUUAAUUAUUAUGCCAUGCAUAUUCCGGGGAGGGGUUUUAACGCUUGCAAAUUGAAAUAUGGUUAUWACUUAUAWAAGAAGGUACCUAUAUAUAUUUUAUAGAAACAGAAUAUGGUAAACAAUAAUAACUAUAAUAUGUUAAUAUUAUCCUUGUUUUCCGUAAAGUACGCAUUGAAAAAAAAAAUAUUCGCUUCAUCAAGUGAACUGAAAAGGAAAGAUUGGUUGGAAUAUGCAGAUGAUAAGUACAAUACACAUGAAAUAUCUGAUUUGAGGUCAGCGUUGGAYRUUAUAUAUUUGUUAAUUCCAAUUCCAUUGUUUUUUACACUUUUUGAUCAACAAAGUUCUCGUUGGAUCUUACAAGGAACACUAAUGAAUGGCAAAAUCRAUUUUUUAAAUUGGAUUAUAAAACCUGAUCAAAUUCAUUUAAUUAACCCAUUGUUAGUUUUAGUAUUUAUACCAAUUUUUAAUUCUGUCGUCUAUCCACUUUUGUAUAAAAUUGGAAUAAAUACAGCUUUUCGAAAAAUCAUCCUUGGAGGAAUGUUUGCUGCACUAUCAUUUGUAUGUGCUGCAGUUGUCCAAUACAUGAUAAUUGGUCAAACAUUUUCCAUACCGUCAGACGUUGGGCAAUUAAGAAUAUACAAUAAUUUUGAUUGCGAUGUAUCCAUAUCCAGUUCUUUGGCUGGAAACUUUAAUAUUGAAAAAUUAGAUAUACUUCAUAUUAAUUAUAAUUCAACUGUAUUAAAUGAAACAGACAUCUUAUUCAUAGAUUUACAUCCUUCGUGCAAAUUGAAAAUGAGUAUGAAACAAAAUGUUUUCAUCGAUAAAGGAAUGAUUUCGUCAUAUUUGCUAAUGUCUAAAAAUAAUGCUGAUAUUGAAUUGAAACAUUUAAAGGAAUUGAAGAAAUUAAAGAACGGAAAUUCAAAUCUUAGGAUUUUGCAUGAUAACUUCUUCAGCCAAAAUAUUACAUUAAGGAGUACUAAUAAUAAAUUGUCUGAAAUAAGUUUUGAACUUUCAACGAACCAAGAUCAAAAUUAUGAAUUACCUGUCGGAACUUAUGAUGUAUACUUGGACGAUGAAUCAAUUUUGCAAAAUGUCGAAUUUCUCCCUGGCAGUAUUAAUGACCUAUUAUUUCACGAUAACUUUAACCACGUGAAAGCCAAGUUGAUCACUUUUGAAAAAGGUAGAUAUAUCCAUAUYCUAUGGCAAGUUCCGCAAAUAAUUUUGAUUACAGUAUCUGAAGUAAUGUCUCUAAUUACAUUAAUGGAAUUCGUAUUCACCCAAGCUCCAUUAAGUAUGAAGUCAUUGCUUUCAGCAGCCAAUUUGUGUACAGCGGCAGUUGGAAAUUUACUUAUUGUUUUUAUUUCGAAAAUCGGACUUUUUGAAAACCAAGUUCAAGAAUUCCUAUUUUAUGCAGCCUUAAUGGUUUUGGAUAUGAUACUUCUUAUGGUUAUGAGCUCCAAAUACAAGUAUAAAUGUGUAAACAAUCAAUGAAUCUAAAGAAUAAUAAACAACAAAUUUUAAUUUAUCAAAAUGAAAGACGUAGUUUCAUA